AAUUUGUUGGAUUAGAUUAAAGAGCCGCGUACGCGAAUCCAGCCAGCCACCGCACCGACGAAACGCAUUAUGAUUUUCUACGGACAAUAUGACACGAUGCCAAAUUCGCUUCCUUAAUUUCAUUCUUCUUUGCAAUUCACUCUAAAACCCAACACCUCAGGUCCAUUUCAUUUGUGUUUCUAGAAUUCCAUGCUCUCUCCGCUUUAAUUUUCUUCCAGUCCUCGUUUCUAUUUCUUUUUUCCCCCCUUUUUGGAAAUUAUUUGCUUCCCCCAACUGUGAUUUCAGAGAGAAUUCUUAGUCAUGUUUAAUGAGACGGAGGAUUGAUAUACGAUGACCAGCACUUGCAUCCACGGAUGGACGAGCUGCCGGGAGCAUUUGGCACCAGCGCCAGCUUCGCUCUUCGAUUGGGGCAGACCGUCUUCUCCUCAGCUUCCCUUCUCUUUAUGUGCUUGGAUGUCGAAUUCUACAGCUACACUGCUUUCUGCUAUUUGGUAACAGUCAUGGGUUUGGUUAUCCCAUGGAGCGUAACAUUGUUGGUGGUGGAUGCUUACUGUGUCUUCAUAAAAUGUUUGCCUCAUCAACGGAGGAUCAUAUCAAUCAUCGUCUUGGGAGACAUGGUAUUGUCUUACCUCUCACUGGCUGCAGCAUGUUCAACAGCCAGCGUCACAGAUAUUCUGCUUGAUGUUGGUGGAUCCUAUUGCCCGCCGAAGUUUUGUGGUAGAUAUCAAUUGUCUGCUGCAAUGGCUUUCUUGUCUUGGUUCCUCUCAUCAGCUUCCUGUCUUUUUAAUUUUUGGCUUCUGCCCAUUCUGUAAAGGAAUAGCUGGCUUCUUGUGGAUAGGUAAAGGAAUGAGAAGGGUGCAUAUGACGAAGUCAUUCACCUAUAUGCUGAUAUAUUUUUGUUACCCUGUAAAUAAAAUUCGAAUGGCAAGCAAUAGCCAACAAUGUGAUAAAUAAUAAUUGCGUUUCCUAUGCAA